AAUUUACCCCCCAACAUGCAUGCAUAUAUAAAUAUAUGAGCCCAUCCCCACAUUCACAGCUACGCGAUUCUCAAAGGGUAUAACCCAUUUAGAGCAAUGUCCCGCCCACCAAUCACCUGCCAUAUUCUAGACACCACCCGCGGUAAGCCGGCUGCGGAUGUGACGUGUUCCUUGUACUACUUGUCCGCUUCGCAGAGCCAGGACGAAUUGAACAACUUAACCACAGCCCCAGAGCCUCUUGCGGUGGGAAAAACCAAUGGUGAUGGAAGAAUUGCCCAGUGGGUGUUUGAUCCCAAGGCGGAUAACCUGGCCUUGGGCAUCCAGGGCCAGUCAUGGAGUGAAUUACACCCGGGUGUCUACAAGAUCAAGUUCUUGACAGGCUCGUACUUCAAGAGAGCUGGAGAAUCCGAACAAUCCGGCAGAACUUUCUUCCCGUUUGUCGAGAUAUCCUUUGUUGUUGAAAGCCCCCCAGAUAACCACUACCAUGUGCCGUUAUUGUUGUCCAACCACAGCUACUCUACCUACCGUGGUAGUUAAGCCUUAGGUCCAAAGUUAUACAGAUAUAGCAUAAUAUAUUAUUAGCACUGAAA